AUGAUGUUUCUUAACGAUACAACUCCUCUGUGGAACGACAUUUCGUGUUACGCUUUGCUCGGAGGUGGAAUUUGUAAAAGAAACUGUUCGGCUGACUGUCCAAACGAGGAUAAUUCAACCACCACAACCUCGUCUACAACAACAGCAGUUGGACUAACAACACAAACACCCGAAGAGGCAACAACUGAUGUGCAAUACGACGAAGCUACAACGGAAGAUACAGAAACAUCUACUCCUAAUAGUUGUGGAAACAAUUCGAAUAUAUGUGGGGCAGAUGGGUGGAAGUGGAAAUGUUUCAAAAAUGGCAAAUGUUAUAGUUACCAUAAAUAUUCUGUAAAGGGAAGCUAUUGGAAGGCUCUUGCGAAAUGUCGCAAGCAUCACGCCUCCGUAUGCUCCAUUGAGUCUGAGGAGGAAAACGAACAUGUUUGUAAGCAUUAUUGUGGGUGUAAAGGAAAGGAUGUUUGGAUUGAUAUGCACCGUAUGGUGACCGAGGAUGGUACUAAGAUUGAAUGCUUGGAUGGGAAAGAUAAGCAAUGCUAUUACGAAACUGUAAUUAAAAUUUAUAAAUAAGGGGAUAUGGAGG